AUGGAGUUAAAUAACUUGUAUACAAAGGUUAUUCAUGGAGGGAAGGACUCUAACUGCACUGUAGACCAUAUCAUCUUGGAAUCCCCCCUUAUCCAGGUGUAUCACAACUUACAAUGUGUUUUGAAGAAAACUUCUUGCACACACAUCUCAUAA